AUGCGUACUCCUAAACGCCCCGACGACCCUAAUUCUGCCAAGGGCUCAGGGCCAAGGCGGGGUCCAAUUUGUCCCUCCCCCCGAAGGAAACCUGAGCCAAUUGAGCGGAUCGUCUGUCUCGAUAAUCGUCUAAACAUAUGGGCAUGGCCGUCGCGCGGCGGCAUUAUUGUGCUUGAACAUGUGAACGGACUCGAUUUUGAGUUCCUCGGGCUUGACCCUGUGGACCCGCCUAUGCAGCGUAAUCCGGACCAGGAUGCCGAGGACGCGUUUUGCCAGCGACUACUGCUUCUCGGCGCUAAGUGGUUUGAUAGCAGCCAAAGGCACGGAUUUGUAGCUGGCGUGGCUGAUGAUGAUGAUCUGGCUAUCUGUGCCCUUGAGGCUGGCCAGCAACCACCGCUCUCCCUCAGGGAACGGAGGUGGGUGAGUGUAGCUUAUCCAGAGCCGGCGGGACCGGAGGGGGGCUUUUGGGUGGCUGAGUUUGACACGCCUACGUACGGCAAUGACGAGAGGCACAACUUGGUGCCUGCGGAGGCAUCACUGGUACAUUUAGCUAGAACUAUGGCUGAGAAGUGUGAAAUCCUUAAAAGGAUUGGUGCCCGGUAUUAUACCAGCUUGGACGUGUAUGAUGGCGCGGCGUCUUUGAAUGCGUGGAAGGAGAAGACUGUCGGGGAGUUUGGGCCUCUAGUCCAGACGACUUAUAGGCAGCCAGAGUACCAUAAGCGUCAACAACCUGUAAGUCAUGUGAAUGACUAUUGUGACGAGGUGUAG